AUGUCAUCAUUAGUUAUUGGUCUAGAUAUCAAUGAUAGUCAAAUAACAUCAGCGCUUGUACGUAUCGAACCAUUAACAUGUAAACGAUUAUCUAUUGAACGAGAUACAUAUUUUACGCGUUCGUUUGACAUAAAUCCCGACAGUAAUCCAAGGAAUAUUAUUUCAGUUUGGAUUCAAUGUAUUAAUGAUGCAAUUCUUGAUUUUGUUGAUCAUUAUAAAGAAUUUGAUAAUAUUGUUGGUAUUUCUAUUGGUAUGUCUGGUCCUAUGGAUUAUGAAUCAGGUAUAUGUUAUAUUCAAUCACCUAAAUUUAAUAAAUUUUUUGGUCUUAAUAUCCGUUUAUCGCUUCAAAAUGGUCUUAAAAAUCUUGCUGCUCAUUGGAAACAUGAUUAUUAUGAUAGAUAUCAUACAGAAUCGACGGCAGCAUCGCCAAGAAAACAAACCAUUCUUGAUGGAUUACGAUUGCAACCACCAAAGUCAACGACAAUUACAUCGCCAGGAACGCCUCGUACUCCAAUUCUUGUUAAUUUAGCACCGCUCUCACUCGGCAAAGCUCUACAAUACAAAAGUCUAAGAACAAAUUUCCUAGAUUAUUGUGGUCGACAAGAUGAUGAUUAUGAUUUGAGCGAUGAAAAUAAAGGAUGUUCAUCAAUAUGUCGAUCACGUCGUGACACAUAUUUUCAUGAUAUCGAAAUGACUUCAUCGGCACAAUUUCCGGCAGCAAAUUAUUUUAAUCCAAGAUUAUGGACAAUUCUUGAACAAAUAGUUCAUCUACCGAUUUCAUUUUAUAAUUCUACAGUAUGUUUUGGUUUAGGUGAAGCCAAUGAUGUUUGCAAUCAACAUUAUGAACGCAUUAUUGCUUUAACACUGAGUAGUAGUUUUAGUUCGGCAUUUAUUGAUCGAGGAGAAAUUAUUAUAAAUCGAAAAGAUGUUCCACUCGAUGGUACACUAUCAAAAUGUCCUUACGAUCAACAUUCUAUAGCCGAUGAUUGGUUUUCUACUCGUGGUUUACUUAGGAUUUAUAAAAAGAUUCUUACGCAUGAAUCUUCUGAUGAUAGUUCCGAUACAAGUAGUACGACAUUAUCAAUAGAUGAACGACAACAAAAUGAAAACGAUUCAUUAGAUAUUGAGCAUGUUCUUGCUCAUCAAGCAUCGAAUGGUGAUCCAAUAGCCGUAAAAACUUUUGAAAUAUUUGCUCAUCUAUUGGGGCAAUUUCUUAUACCCUAUAUUAAUGCAUUUCAUACGCAACUUAUUGUUAUUGGUGGUAAUCUUGCUGAAGUUUGGUAUUUACUUGAAAAUCAACUUAAUUGUACUAUUAAAAAGUAUUCUCAAGCUCAAACAUAUUUUAGUCUUUCACAAGGCAAAUCUAUAUGUUUUGGUGCUGUUCAACAGCUGUCUUCAGAAAACUCUAAAAGUUCAUUUCGAAAAACUCAUCAAUAUUUAUUGCCUGUUACAAAAAACAUCGACACAUCACAAUACGAUAUAUAUCCAACACAUCAAAUUCCUAGUGGUGAUAUUGGUAGUGGAUAUCAACAAUUAAAUGAGAAAUUAUGCAAUUUAAUAGAAAAAAAUGAUAUAUUAUUAAUUGAUGGUUUUGUUGGAACAUAUUUUAAUGAAUAUGCACAUCAAUUAAAUAAAUAUUAUUCUCAAAACAAAUUAUCAUCAUUACUUUUCUAUGAUAGUCGAACAUUUUUACAAACAGAUUCUAAUCUUGAUCGUGAAUUCCAUCUAAAACAUCCAAAAUCUUUAUUCGGUAAACUUGCAUCUGGUUUAGAUUUUAAAAAAGAUUUUAUUGAUUCGAAAAAAUUUGAAUUUUUCAAAAAUAAUCUCUCGUAUCCAUGCGUUAUUAUUGGACCUGGUUCUUCAUAUGUGAAUGAAACAUCACCAUUAGUUUAUAUUGAUUUAGCUAAAAAUGAACUUUAUUAUCGUAUUGCAACAGAAACAGCAUGUUCCUAUUUGAAACCAACACGAAGACUAAAAUCCGAUGACAGUGAGUUAACGUCGGCAGUGUUUGAACAGAAGUGUCUCUAUUUUCUUGAUUAUCCUGUUUUUAAUAAACUUAAACAAGAACUUCUACCUCGUAUUAACUAUUUUAUUGAUGGUCAACGACCCAAUUGUCCUACAUGGAUCGAUGGUUCUACAUUUCGUCAAGCACUUGCUCAUAUAGCUAAUCAACCGAUUCGUGUGCGACCUUGGUUUGAACCAGGUCCUUGGGGUGGUCAAUGGCUUAAAACAGUUUGUAAAAAUAUUUCACAACAUGCAAAAAAUUAUGCAUGGUCAUUUGAAAUGAUAACAUCAGAAAAUGGUUUACUCUUAUCCGAUGUAAAUAAUCAUCUUCUUGAGCUUUCAUGGGAUUUGUUUUAUGGUUCACAAGUUAGUAAAAUAUUAGGAAACGAUAUUCAUCGUCAAUUGUUUAGCAAUGCAAAUGAUUUUCCAAUACGAUUUGAUUUUCUUGAUACUAUCGACGGCGGAAAUCUAUCUAUACAAUGUAAUCCUAGUCUUGCAUAUAUACGUACACAUUUUGGUGAAAAAAUUACACAAGAUGAAGCAUAUUAUAUUGUCGAAACUAAACAACACUGGCAACAAGCAAGUGCCAAUGAUGCAACAUCUUCAUCGUAUAUUUAUCUUGGUUUUCAUGAAAAUAUUGAUCAUGAAGAAUUUCAUCAAGCAUUAGUACAUAGUGAUAGAAGAAAACAGGAAAUAAAUAUUGAAAACUAUGUUCAACGUAUUCCAACAAAUGUUCAUGAUUUUUUUCUUAUACCAAAUCAAACAAUUCAUGCAGCUGGUCGUAAUCAAGUUGUACUUGAAAUUUCAGCUAGACCACAUAUUUAUACAUUUAAAUUAUACGAUUGGUUACGUUUAGGUCUUGAUGGUCAUCCACGUCUUUUAAAUAUCGAACAUGGUAUGGAAAAUCUAAAAUUUGAUCGACACGGUGAACAACUUCGUUGCCAACCAGUAUCGCUUAAAAUUGAGCAAGAUCAAUAUGAAGAACAACAUUUGCCAACGCAUGAUUUACAUUUUUAUGAUGUACAACGUCUUAUUAUUGAGCCAAAUGAAAAUAUUCAAAUAAUUAGAUCAACUGAAAAUCGUUUUCAUCUAUGUAUGUUAGUUGAAGGUGAUGCUAUUGAAAUACAAUUUGAUUCGCAUGACAACAAUCAAGAAAAACAAACACGACAAUAUAAUUAUAUUGAGACAUUUUUAAUUCCAGCAUCGAUUAAUGAAUAUUGUCUAAGACCAAUCAUUAAUAAUAAUAAUCAUAAUAAGGACACGAGACCACAGAAAUUUACUUUACUUAUAGCAUUUCUUAAGUGGGAUUGUGAAAAAAUACUUGAAUAA